CUCAACAUCUCCCAUUUCCCUCCAAUUUUGCCUCUUUCAAUUUCGAGGGGAGUUUGCAGAAUUCUCACUUCCUCUUUCUCUCGUUGAAUAAUAAGCACACGCACUGAAAAAUCGAAAGAUUUGAAGAAGCAAAGAAAUGAAUGGUUUUGAGAAGGGUUUGUCUCCGUCGAAAUCGAAUGCGAACCGCAAUCUCCCGUCUUCUGGAUCGGUGGAGAAUGAUGAAAAUGAUUCAAGUGUGGAUAAAUUGAUUCCACAAUUUGCAAACAACGAAAUUGCAUAUGGCAAACAUUUCAUGUCUGGGGUUGCAAGAAUGAAAAUUCUUGCUGAGAUAAAGGGAAAUCCAAGCAUUUGUGAUGCUCAAGCUCACAAAAACUCCAAUCUGGAUUUGGAAAGUAGUCCCCCGAAAAGGGGAAUUUGCAAUUCUUCUGUGAAGGUUUAUGACCCUUUGACGAACUACCUCUCCCCACGGCCUCGUUACCUGCGUUUCAAUCCAAAUAGGCGUCGCGAGAUACUCAAGAGAUUUGAGAAGGAGUUGAAUAGCUCUCUUGAUUCUGAGGAGGCUAGUGAUGAAGAGGAGAUUGCAGACUCUUCUCUUUCACCUCCAAAAGGAAGUGUCGUUGAUGGUUAUGAGGCAGUAGAGGAGGAGAUUGCAGACUCUUCGCGUUCCCCUCCAAAAGGAAAUGAUGUAAAUCAGAGAAAUGGAGUUGCAUCUGACGAAGGUAAUGGUAGUGUCGUUGAUGGUUAUGAGUCGGAGGAGGAAGAGAUGGAGGAAAAAGGAUGGUGUCUUAGAGGGAUAUCAAAGCUGCUUUUUACACUGAUUGCUUGUUUGUUGUUAACCUCCUACAUUAGUCCAAUGAGCUCACCAACAGAUUUAUCAACUCAACAAGCCAUUUGGGAUUUUAAAGAUAGUGGUGUUGUGAUCAAGAAUCAAACACUUGAAUUUUUCUGCACGAAUUUGCAUGGCAAUGGCUUCUUUGAAGUGGAAGAUGGAGGUAAUAACAGUAUUGACGAGGCAGAAGUCGAGGAAGAAAGUUAUGGUGGUUAUGAUGAGAGCAUCGAAGCAGGGAUUGUUGUGUAUUUGGAGUGGCACAAGAAGGAGAUGGCUGGAAAUGAGAAUGUAAAUAGUGAAGAUAACAGUAUUGAGGAGUUAGAAGUUGAGGAAGAAAAUGGUGGUGAAACUGAUGAGAGUAUUGAGGCAGAAAUUGUUGAAUAUUUGGAGUGGCAUGAUGAGAAGGAGAUGAUUGGAAAUGAGAACGUGGAUAGUCAAGAUGUAGCUGAUGAAGCUGCAGAAUUUGAGGGCGUGAGAGAUGCUCGAUUUGAGUUUGAAGCUGAUGAAUCCGAGCACUUGAUAGAUGCAAAAACAGAUGAAAAUUUAGAUGGUGGCAUUUUGUUGGAUAUGGAAGUAGUGUCUUCUUAUACUGGUUUGGAUGAGGAUAAUGUAAACAAGGAUGAAGCUGCAGAAACGGAGAUUAUAGGCAGUGGUGUAGAUACCAAUGCGUUCUUGCUGGUACCUGUAUUGGAGGAGAUACCAACGGAGUCCAAAGGCGCAGACGACACAAGAUCAGUGGAGGAACUUGUUGUUCUUGAAUCACAUGAAGAGUUGAGUGAUUCCACAGAUGAAGUUGGAAUGGAGAAAUCGGAAUGGAACACCGUUGUUGGAGUUUCUGCAGUACUACUCGUAGUUUCAACAUCAAUAGCCAUCAUUUAUUCGAGAAAAUCAAGAAGCAGCACAUCUUCUAAGGGAUCUGAUCCUGUGCUAAAGCAAAAACUUGCAGCUGAGGGGAAUGUGCUUCACCAAGCACCUGUGCUUCAUUCCAUUGAUAGGAAAGUCGAGUUUUUGGCUAGAGCUUCACUACCAUCAUCUCACUCGAAGCUCGCCAGCCACAUCCACGCGCCAACAGUCGAGUUGAUUGGUGAGAUCGUUGUUGGACAGCCUAGCAGAGUUGGAAACUCGGGGAAGUUCCAGAUGAUCGUGUCUGAAGACGAGUGCAAGCGUGGCUCACGACCUCAAGUGGUGGUUCCUGCGCCGUCUCAGCCAUCUGCAGUCAGCUUCACUCCACGUGGAAGCUUUACUACUGAAAGAAAGAUCUCAAAGAAAGAGGGAGGCCGAAGUAGAGAAGCCAUGAUUGUUCCUACUCCAGUUAGGCGAUCAAGCAGACUCCGAAAUCGAACCACAGUUAUGUCUCCAUGAAUCUUCGUCAGUUAGCUAGGAUCUUUGUCUGAAACAGCAUUCUCAGUUGUUUCUGCAAUGUCUCUCUCUCUCACUAAAGCUAGGAUCUUUGUCUGAAACAGCAUCCUCAUUUGUUGUCUUCCAACAUCUAAUUGUCUCUUUAUCUUUAAACAAAAUUAUAAUAAUCUAGUUACUAUAUUUGCUUCUGAAAUGUGGUUUUUUGCUGUUCCCUCCUAUUUCUUGAUAGCAUUCAGACCAUUUUAUAACUAUCUUGAUAAACACUCAAAUUUGCUUUUUAUAAAUUUCCUCCUAUUUCUUGACAGAAUCACACAAAGUUGGAUAAAAAGUAGAACCAAUUGUAACUUUUGAUCUGAAAUAAAAAGGUAAUCUCAUUUCUGUACUUUUUGUGCCUAUGAACAAUGAAAGAAAAUAGAAUAUGAUCACAAAAUUGCUUAUAUACAACUCUUUCUCUCUCUCUCUCAUGUGUGUGUGUGGAUGUUAUGUAAAACUUUUUCUUCAACAUUCCAAAUCCUGGUGAAGAGGGGUGAGAGGGGGCUUGGUGUUCAUAACACCCCCUCUCUUAGUUGGAAAUGAUGAGAGAGAAACACCCCUUGAAGCCUUCUUUGAUAUGGUGGCCUUAGGUAGAGUAUACUGCUUGUAGCUAUGCAAACCAGUUCCACAGCUCUUGGAAGCCUUCAAAUUUCUUCUAUAUGGAGUUGCUGCUUUCUUCAUCAGAUCUUCAAUGCUUGCCACCCUUGAAAGUGAUGUGAACGACUCUGAUUUCCCUUUGUAAAACUGGGAAAGCCCUCUUCUGCACACACCAAAUCAUUUCAUCUCAUUUAGUCUCCACAUAAAAUAUAAGAUCCAAAAAAAAUAAAAAAAUCGAAGUUUCACUUACUUGAUGGGCAAUUGGUCCAUGAUCUCUGAAAGAUCAUAUAGAGCUCCGCUGCAGCUGGAGUUCAACGAUGACGAUGAAGAAGAUGAUGACACAUCAUCUACUGUAUCAGAUGAAGUUAUGGAUGAUCCAUUUGAAGCAUCUGAAUCUUCUCCAAUAGAUGAAGAUGAAGUAGCUGAUAAUGAUUCAAAUCUUUCUUCAUUCUUCAAGUUGUUACCUUUAUAUUGCAACCAUGAAUCUUGAAACAUAUGAUGAUGAUGGCUUUUCCCUCCUUCCAUCUUCGACAGAUUACACAAAAAUAAAAUUAAAUCAAGAAAAAAUUAUCAAGAAACAGAUUAAAGGGAUCUCAAGAAACUCUUUUCUGCAGUGGGUAGAUAUAUAUAGUCUUCUCAAAUACUUGAACAACAU